AUGAGAUCGAGGCCCGCAUCUCAUCUCAUCUCACACGCUGAAGAAGAAGAAGAAGAAGGAACCUCAUCGAGAUCGAUCAUGGAUGGAGAUCGGAGGAGGGAGCUGGCCGCGGUCACCGGUCCAGCGCGCGCGCAGGACAGCCCGGCGCGGCGUCUCAUCGCCUGGCUGCAGUUUCUCUUCAAGGCUUUUGUUCAGAGGCAUAGCUGGUUGGCAAGGUGGCAGGUGGCGGGGCGCCCGGCGCUGCUGCUCCUCUUGGCCUUCCUGGUCCAGAAGAACCUGCGCCGCUCCUACCUGUCAUGGCACAAGUCGCGGCUGCAGCGGCGCGCCGCCGCCGCCGUCACCGUGCAGGCCGCGUUCCGGGCCAUGGCGGCUCGCCGCGACCUCCUCCUCCGGCGGCGGACCAGAGCAGCCGUGUACAUCCAGGCGCAAUGGCGCGCGCGCAGGGCGCUGUGGAGCUACCUGGCCAUGAAGAGGGCCUCGGUGAUCUGCCAGUGCGCUUGGAGGCAGAGCAUUGCGAGGAGGCAGCUCGGCAAGCUCAGACUGGCCAACGUCGAGAGGGAGAGGCUGGAUGAGAUCUGCAGGCUGCAUGAGAUGGUGGAUGUGCUGCAGCAGGCCGUCGAGGACGCGGAGGUGAGGGUCAUCGCCGAGCGAGAGGCGGCGGUCAAGGCGAUAGCGGAGGCGCCUCCGGUGAUCAAGGAGACUGUGGUAUGGGUGGAGGAUGCUGACAAGGUUAACUCGUGGAACGCCGAAGUUGACCGACUCAAGGGGUUGCUGGGAGCAGAAAUGCAGGCCACCAUUGACGCCAAGAAGGCCCUGGCAAAGGCUGAACUGAGAAAUGAAAAACUGGCUAGGUUGCUUGGAGUUCAGGAGAUUAAGAACAAAACGCUGCAAGAUUCCGUCAAAAGGAUGGAGGAGAAAGCUUCCGACCUCGAAGCGGAAAACAGAAUGCUUAGACAGGCUGUUGCAUCCAUCCCUUCUGUCAAGUCACCAUCUAGCGAAAACCACAGAGCACAUGAUCUUCAGGCAACUCCAUUGAAUGAGAAAACAACAAAUGGUGCCGUUAAGCCUGUGAUAGUGGACAGGAACGGCGAUAUUCAUGACGAUGACAAUGCUGAACUGCCUGGCUCAAAUGAUGCUGAAGCUGAGAAACAGCAGCAGGAGCUGCUGAUCAAGUGCAUAUCUGAAGAUCUGGGAUUCUCAACCGGAAGGCCUAUCGCUGCGUACCUCAUCUACCGCUGUUUGGUCCACUGGAGAUCAUUUGAAGAGGACAGAACCACUGUUUUUGACCGCAUUAUUCAGAAGAUAAGUGCUGCAAUUGAGGCGCGAGACAGCAACGAAAAAUUAGCAUAUUGGCUAUCCAAUUCGUGCACACUGCUGCUGCUUCUCCAAAGGACACUGAAAACCAGUGGUUCAGCUGCUUUGGCGCGUCAGAGGCGAAGACCAUCGUCCCUCAACUCACCAAAGGAAAACCAAGCUCCUGGUCAUCCUGAGCGUUCAGUUUCCGAUGGGCGGUUGGUCGGUGCGCUGACUGACAUUUCCCAGGUUGAAGCCAAGUAUCCAGCUCUUGCUUUCAAGCAACAGCUCACGGCAUUGUUGGAGAAGGUCUAUGGAGUGAUCAGGCACGACCUCAAGAAGGAGCUGUCGUCUCUGCUUGGGCUGUGUAUUCAGGCACCGAGAACAUUCAUCGUCAGCCCCAGAGGAACAGGCCCUCAAGGAACAGACAUGGCCCAACAAGCCUCCAUGGCACAUUGGCAGAGCAUUAUCAAGAUCCUGACGAAUUCCCUCAACGUUUUAAAAUCAAAUUACGUGCCUCCAUUCCUGAUCUGCAAGUUGUUCACCCAAGUAUUUUCAUUCAUCAAUGUGCAACUAUUUAACAGUCUCCUGCUUCGGCGUGAGUGCUGCUCUUUCAGUAAUGGGGAGUAUGUCAAAGCAGGCUUGGAUGAGCUGGAGCAUUGGUGCCAUUGGCUAACGGAAGAGUAUGCAGGUUCAUCCUGGGAUGAACUGAAGCAUAUUCGGCAGGCGGUCACGCUCUUAAUACUCGAAGAGAAGCACAACAAGUCUCUCAAAGAGAUCACCGAUGAUUUCUGCCCGGCACUCAGCAUGCAGCAACUGUACCGGAUCAGCACGAUGUACUGCGACGACAAGUUCGGAACCUUGGGCAUCCCAUCAGAUAUCGUUGCGAGCAUGCGAGCCAAGAUGAUCGGAGGAUCGAGCAGCCCAUCGGUGCAAGACGACAUCAACUCUUUCCUCCUGGACGAUGAUUUCAGCAUACCGUUCUCCGUGGACGACAUCGCCAGGCUGAUGGUGCACGUGGACAUAGCAGACAUGGAUCUGCCGCCGCUGAUCCAGGAGAAGAGUGGCUCCCCGUUCGAAGCCUGA